GGAUGACUGAUUUGUACUUGACAGUUGAGUUUUUUGGGAACGAACAGUCUGUUUUUCUCAUCACAAAGGUUCCUUUUUUGAAAACAUAAAAAUAAUGGUGGGCGCUAUGCCUGUUAAUUUGAUACCAAAAUUUUACAACGGUACCAUGGACAGUCAUAAUGGUACGGACGAUAGUGAUUUCCAAGUGUAUAUCGGUUGUCGCAUUAAGUGUGGUGAUGAGUUUGGUACCGUGAAGUUUAUUGGUGAAGUGCAGGGUUACCAGGGGGUAUGGUAUGGGGUGGAAUGGGACAACCCAGCUAGGGGAAAACAUGACGGUUCAGUUGAUGAUGUGCAAUACUUUAAAACGUCGAAACCAGGCGCAGGGUCUUUUAUUCGUCCAAACAAAAUAACUCCUUACAGGACCUGUGCGGAUGCUAUCAGGAAAUAUUACGGAGAUCGAGAGGAUGAGACAGUUGCGGCCCACCGCAGAACAGUCAUCAACGAGUGGAAGAGAGAGAUGGGUGCACCAUUUAUUGAGAUGGUCGGAUUUGAGAAGAUACAUCAGAAACAGAAAUUCGACCGGCUGCUCGAGGUGUGCGUACACGAUCAGAACGUCAGCAAGGCGGGUGACGUGGCGGCGCUGUGCCCCAACGUGCGCAGUAUCGACGUGUCCAGGAACCUGUUCUCCAACUGGCGCGAGGUGAUACAGCUGUCAGCGCAGUUACCCGACCUUCGGGAGUUGGAUGUGAGCAAAAACCGCAUGGCGGUUGACAUCCCUGAAGAGGCUCUUGCACAACUAUCAAUCAACUUCUCCAAUUUGGAGAAACUGAACAUUUCCGUGUGUGAGUACGAGUGGGCAGACAUACUAGCUCUGUCCCACCUCUGGCCGAAUGUAAAUGAAAUAAUAGCUGCACACAACAAAAUCAAAUGGAUAACCGCCCCUCAGUUAACAUUACACACGCUGACAACCCUACGAUUAGAUGGCAACCCUAUAGAUUCUUGGCGGGAAAUUUUGAAUUUGGGAAAGAUGAGGAAUUUAAAAGUUCUCAGUUUGAACGACUGUCACAUUGGUGAAAUAAGGUUCAACGAUGAACCCAACAACAAAAAAGUGGAUGUUUUUCAGAAUUUGGAGGUGUUGUUUUUAAACAGGAAUAGAAUUAAUGAUUGGCGAUCCGUAAGCGAAUUGGACAAGUUGAGCAGGCUAAAAAAAUUGUACUUCCUAAAGAAUCCAAUCCAAGCUGGCGACUCAUACGACACUGCUUCACAACUCAUCACCGCAAAAAUUGGCACCCUACAGGAACUGAACGGCACGAUAAUAACACGCGAGGAACGCCGCGGGGCGGAGUAUGACUACAUGAAACAGUACGGCGCCGAGUGGAAGCUGGCACAGCACGAUCUGGCAAAACAAGCGGCAUUCACGUUGGAGCACUGCCGGUUUGAAGAAUUAAUAAAAAAAUAUGGCAUUCCUGAAGACAGCCUGCUAGUGAAACAACCGAAGACAACAACUCUCACAUCGCAAUUGCUAGAAGUAACACUCCAAGAUGAAAACGAAAAGAAAAUAAAAAAGAAAUUCCCAUCCACAAUGCUAGUACAGAAACUGGUCAUACUCGCUCAAAGACUGUUCUCAAAACCUGGCAAUACUGGAACACCAAAGCUUUAUCUCCUCGACGACCAGAUGAAAGGCGCUGAAAUAUAUUUAGACAACGUCAUGAAAGAGUUAACAUAUUUUUCAGUCAAAAAUGGCGAUACCAUUCUUGUAAAAUUCAGAUAAUUUAGAAAAAAUAAUUUUAUUGCACUGGUAACACUAGAAGGCGAUUACGUUUAAUUGGCGCGAGUUUUGCGUAUGUUUUUAAUUUAUAAACCCGAGCUUUGUAAAUAAUGUUAUUUCUAAAUUAAUAUAUCUAUUGCGAUAUUUAUUUUUCUGAAAGAAUUCCAAAAUAAAUAUGAUAUGUAUUUUCA